AUGUCCGACCGUGUACACGAACGUUUUAAAAACUACGUGUUACCAAAAAAGCCUUCUGAGAUGACUCUCAAGGCGACAGUGGAAAAACUCAACAAACUCUUCGGUAAAGUAGACACAGAGGUUAGCCAGCGCUAUAAAUGUUUACAACUUGCAAAAGGUGAUAAUGAGGAUUUCCGAGAAUACGCCAGUAAAGUAAACCUACAAUGUGAACUAUUCAAAUUGGGCGAAAUGAAAAUUGACCAAUUCAAAUGUGUUAUUUUCGUCUUGGGUCUCAAGUCCGGCAAAGAUAACAACAUUCGCAUACGUUUACUCAAACUACUAGAUGACUCAAAGGAUUCCAUGAAUCUAGAUCAACUUGUGGACGAAACGCAGAUAAUUCUCGAUCUCAAAACCGACAACACCAUGAUUGAACAUCAAACAAAAAGUGUAUGUGCUAUUGGUAAGUCCAUGAAAAAGCCCCAGCCUACUACUAAGGUACCGAAACUACCAUGUUGGCUAUGUGGAGACCUACAUUAUGUCAAGUUCUGUCCAUUUAACAAGCACAAGUGUUCAAAUCAAAUGGGACAUAAAGGCAAUUAUUGUGCCAGUUCUAAAAAUGGUUAUACACCCAAAACAAAUUACACUGACAAUAACAACGGCAACAUCAAAACUAAAACGCCAAAGAAGUUCAACACUUCAAAGUCAAGCUACCGCACCAACGCCGUAUAUUCUACAAAACGGUUACAGUUCCAAGAACUACGCAAAUACAUUGAAUUGGGGAUUAAUAAUCAACCCGUUCGAUUACAGAUUGAUACUGCAUCUGACAUAUCAAUAAUAUCAACAACAACUUGGGAAACUAUUGGUAAGCCUGAGGCAUUCACUACCAAUGACAGCGCCAACGAAGUCAACACUAACAAAAUCAAUCUUCUCGCCAAAUUCAAUUGCUUUGUUUCUCACGGCGAUGCUACAAUGGACCUUCAAUGCUACAUUACUGACAUCGAAGAAUUGAAUAUUAUGGGCAUAAAUUGGAUCGAAUCAUUUAAGCUUUGGGAUCAACCAAUAUCAGCUUGGUGUCGUCAGAUUAAAUUUUAA